CUCUUAGCCGAUUCAUUUCCUAUUGAUUGUAUAUAUACAUGGAAAAGGACAAUUUGAAUCAUUUUGUGAUUUGUGGACGUAAUAGAUAAGUAUGUAUACGUUAAUUGACAUACUAUUAAGAUGAAUGGAAAUGGUUAUACUCUGAGGCCGAAGUAAAAAUUGUUGAACUCAACAGAAAUGAUUAAUAAUACAGAAGUGGAAGAAAUGAUUAAUAAUACAGAAGCGGAAGAAAUUAGGACUAUAAGUGGAUCAUUGGUGGAAAUGUUCGGAUCGCUUUUUAUAGUUCUUGAACAUGCAUUUGCUAUGUUUCUUAUUUCAAAAUGCAAAAAUGUUCAAAAAUCAGUGAAAAUUCUAGUGUCGAAUUUAUGCAUUAUAGACAUUAUAGCUGGAUUAUGGGGAUUCGUUCGAGCGCAAUUCAGAUUUCAUAUGAUCGAUAAAAAAAUAACGUGUAUGUUGGAUGUUCUGUUCACAACCUGUGUUUUAAAUGUGUCUGCACUACUGGUUUCUGCAAUCGCGAUCGAUAGAUAUACAAGCGUUUUUCGUCCAAUGACAUAUACUCAGAUUGUAAACAAACGAGUUCUUGCAACUGUAUGCUGCGUAUUCUGGGCUCUUGGUGCAAUUAUUGCUGUAAUUGCAUUAUAUUCAGAGUUUGCAUAUACAGAUGAUAUUGGUUGUGAACUGCGUAUGUCACAAAAAGAAGUCUUCCCAUGGUUGUUAGUGGUGCUAAGGGUAGUUUGUAUUUUUAUAAUUACUUUUACAUACAGUCGGAUGUAUGCCAAAAUAGUAUCACUAGGAAAAGUUUACUCAUCCGCAAUCAAACGUAGAGAAUUACGAUCCAUUGCAAAAAUUCUUAUCAUUGUAUCACCGCAUCUUAUACUACACACGUGUUAUGUUUUUAUAUUCUUUUUGAAACCAGUUUUAAAGAUUCAAAACGCUAUAGCUACCAUAUCUCUUAUUUACACUUCUAUAAUUCUUUUAGAUGCUCUUAUUUACGUGUUUCGAUUCAAAGAGUGUAGAAUAAACAUGGCCAUUUAUCUGUGUUGUUGCAGGAAAGAAUACAGAGAUCGAAAAAUAAAACAAAGGACAUUACUUUACGGGACGUUCUUGGAUAGAACUCCACAAGGUACGUUAAGGAGAAAUGCCAAAAAUCAACGAAGUGUAUCGACAAUAGACGUUGAAUCUGUUUAUGCUAUAUCAAAUAAAGUAUAACUACCGAAGUAGAUUUAAAUGUCGCUGACACUGUUGUCUAAAAAUUGAUACUUCAGCUACCAUUUGCAAGUACCAAUAAAAAACUAAGGAACAAACCAACUGUUCAA